ACCUACCGUCCAAGAACCUCACCUAAUCCUCUCACCCUUCACAGCCCCCUCCGCACUAUUCAGCUAUCCCGCGCCGCCUAUCUUCCAAGCUCAACAAAACAUGUCCUCUCUCGCAGCCAUGCUCGGCCUAAAAUCAAACGGCCUCCUGGCCACUCCACCCAACAACGCCCCCUACCACGCCAUCUUCAACUUCCUAUUCGCCUACGUCUUCCUGUCCUCCCGCUUCCUCAAGAACACCUACGGCCUCGACCACAACGUCAAUCCGCGCGAGGAUGUCUCGCGCUUCGGCGAACGCGCCGUGCAGGAAGGCAAAAUCACCCGCGCGCAACUCAACCUCCUGAAACGCAACGAGGCCGCCCACGCCAACGCCAUGGAGCACUUCCCCAUGUUCAUCGGAAGCGCGCUGUUCGCGACCGUCGCCAAAGUGCCCACCGAGACCAUCAACAAGGCGUGUCUUGUCUAUUCGGCGUCAAGACUGGUGUACGCUGCAGCCUAUCUGACCACCGACAAGCACAAGCUCUCGUACAUAAGGAGCUUGGCUUGGUGGGCGAGCAGUUUCACGUGUAUGUAUCUGUUAUGGCAGAGUGGCAAGACCAUGAACGCGAGCUUGGCUUGAGAGCGGAAUGGCCGUGAAGGAAAGGAAAGGAAAGGAGCACAUUGAUCGAGGUUCACGAGCCUCUUAAUAGAUCCAACUUAAGACUUUUCAGCUGCAGCCACCACGAUGGUUUUGGUCGUCUCCCACACAGCAUCUGGACAUGAUCCUCGUUUGCGGUAGUACCAC